AUGGAGGCUUCACGGAGCGACGAACCGAAUCAAAACCCUAACAUCGAUCGUACUUCGAAUCCGAAUCCAUUGUCGCCUAUAAUAUCUUCAGCACACGUUUGGCCAACAAUCGACGGUCCGUUGGGGCUAACGGAGGAAGCAUCGGUGGAUUACGCUCGUCGCUUCUACAAGUUCGGAUUCGCUCUCUUGCCUUGGCUCUGGGCUGUUAACUGCUUCUACUUCUGGCCUGUUCUCCGUCACUCUCGUGCUUUCCCUCAAAUCCGCAAUUACGUUGUUAGGUCAGCAAUUGGGUUCAGUGUCUUUACAGCUCUGCUUUUAUCCUGGGCAUUGACAUUCUCGAUAGGUGGUGAACAGCUUUUUGGACCUGUUUGGGAUAAGUUGGUUAUGUACAACGUUGCUGAUCGUCUUGGCUUGUCUGGUUUGGCCUAA